AAGGAUUCCAAAGGCGUGAUCAGACAUUAAUGGUGCGUGUGAAGGUGUGAGGACCAGCCUGGUGACCUUGUCGUCCUCCUCAGCACACCCAGCUGCUCUUCCAGAGGCACCAGUGCGGCUUCCUCCACACCCUGGAGGUGGGCCGCCAGCUCUUCUCCAUGGCCGACCAGGAAACCCAGAACCGGAUCCAGACGGACCUGGGAGCGCUGCAGGAGGAGUGGGACAACCUCCACGGUCUGCUGAGCCGCAGGGUGGACCUGGCCCAGACCAUCGUGGAGAACUGGCAGCGCUGCGAGGCGGGACUGACAGACAAGAUGCUGCAGCUGAAGGACAUGAAGACCAGACUCAACCAGUCGCUGCCAGAGAGCGAUGACGGCAACAAGGAGAGCGAGGACCCCCUGGAGGACUGGGCGGAGAGCCUGAGAGAGCUGAGCACCAUGAAGACGGACCUGAGUCAGUACGUCAUGGCCGACGACGUGCUGCUGCUGGAGGAGCAGGUGAAGCACCUGCACUGCCAGUGGGAAGAGCUCUGCCUUAAGGUGUCGCUUCGCAAGCAGGAGAUCGCCGACCGCCUCAAUGCGUGGGUCAUCUUCAACGAGAAGAACAAGGAGCUCUGCGAGUGGCUCACGCACAUGCAGGACAAGGUGGAGCACGCCUCCGACCUCAACAUCGAGGAGAUGGUGGAGAAGCUGAAGAAGGACUGCAUGGAGGAGAUCAACCUGUCCAGCGAGAACAAAAGCCACCUGAAGCAGCUGGGGGAACAGCUCAUCAGCGCCAGCGACAAGACCAAGCAGAGCGACGUCAACGACAAGAUAAACAACGUCAACGACCGCUGGCAACAUCUGUUCGACCACAUCGAGGCCAGGGUGAGGAAGCUGAAGGAGACGCUGGCGACGGUGCAGCAGCUGGACAAGAACAUGAGCAACCUGCGCACCUGGCUGUCUCGCGUGGAGGCCGAGCUGUCCCGGCCGCCCGUCUACGUCGUCUGCCACGGCGACGAGAUCCAGAGGAAGCUGGCCCAGCAGCAGGAAUUGCAGCGAGACAUUGAGCAGCACACGGAGAGCGUGACGUCGGUGUUGACGCUGUGCGACGUCCUGCUGCGCGACGCCGACGCCUACGGCAGUGACUCGGAAAACGACUCCAUCCUGCAGACCACCAGCAGCCUGGACCGCCGCUGGAGAAACAUCUGCGCCAUGUCCAUGGAGCGGAGAAUGAGGAUCGAAGAGACGUGGCGUCUCUGGUGCAAGUUCCUGGACGACUACGCUCGCUUUGAGGACUGGCUCAAGGCGUCCGAGCUGACGGCGGCCAACCCCGACUCGGCUGACGUCCUCUACACCAGCGCCAAGGAGGAGCUGAAGAAGUUUGAGGCCUUCCAGCGACAGGUCCACGAACGUCUGACUCAGCUGGAGCUGGUCAACAAACAGUACCGCCGCCUGGCCCGGGAGAACCGCACGGACGCCGCCAGCAAGCUCCGCCUCAUGGUGGCUGAGGGCAACCGGCGCUGGGACGGCCUGCAGAGGCGCGUGGCUGCCGUGCUGCGCAGACUCAAGCACUUCACAUCUCAGAGAGAGGACUUCGAGGUGACCCGUGACGGGAUCCUGGUCUGGCUGACAGAGAUGGACCUCCAACUUACCAACGUUGAGCACUUCUCUGAGAGCGACGUUGAGGACAAGAUGAGGCAGCUCAUCGCGUUCCAGCAGGAGAUCACACUCAACGCCAACAAGAUUGACGCCCUCAUCGUGUCCGGGGAGAACCUGAUCCAGAAGAGCGCUCCUCUGGACGCCGUGCUGAUCGAGGACGAGCUGGAAGAGCUCCACUCGUACUGCCAGGAAGUGUUUGGACGUGUGGCCCGUUUCCACCAGCGCCUGGUCCACAGACGCCCGGUGCUGGAGGAGGAGAGGGAGCUGUCUGACCUGGACAACUCACCCGAGCCCAGCACCGGGCGUCAGACCACGUGUCAUCUCCUGGUGCCGCCCCUGGAGCACUCCGGGAGAGAGACCCCCGUCAGCGUGGACUCUAUCCCACUGGAGUGGGACCACACCGUCGACGUGGGCGGGUCUUCUUCGCACGAGGACGACGAGGACGCCACCUUUUUCAGCGCCCUGUCAGUGACAUCUGCUCGCCACGCACCAAGCUGGCACCAAUCCAGAGAAGCGUCGUCUUUUCCUCUGCCCGCCGCCGCCUGCUUCCACCAGCAGGGCUACGUGAAGCUGAUGUCCGACUGCAGCGGCAGCAUCGACAGCGUCAAAAAAGUCAAGCUGAUCCUCAACGACGGCGAGGAAGGACCGGAAGCUUCCGGUCUAACGAGCAGCACCGCCCACAAACACACGGGCGCAGUUGUGAUGGAGCGCUGGGAAGUUGUCCAGGCUGAGAAGGUGAGCGAGCGAGCGGACAUUGAGCCGGGCCUGCAGCAGUGGCGCCGGAUCCACGCCGACCUCGCCGACGUCACUUCCUGGCUGGCGGCCGUGCUUCCUGAGCUGGAGAGGCUGCAGAACAUCACGCCGUGCACCAGUGUGGACCACUUUGGACUUAACGUGCGCACUCUCAAGGACAUGCAGAGAACCUUCAGCGGCUACAAGCGCGUGCUGAUGUCCCUCAACCUCAGCACGCCACACUUCCCGCCGGCCCACAGCGCGGAGUCACGGGAGCUGAAGGCGGCGCUGAGCUCGGCCAAUCGGGGCUGGACGCGGGCGUGCGGCGCUCUGGCGCGCUGGGAGGCCACGCUGCACGCCGCGCUCAUGCAGUGUCAGGAGUUCCACCAGACGCUGCACUCGCUGCUGGCAUGGUUGGCUCAGGCGGAGGGAAAACUGGGCGACAUCGGCGCGCGGCGGCACGACGUGUCGCACGCCGUACGCAUGGAACAACGGCACGCACUCACGGCCCUCCAGGAGGAAAUGGGCGCCCGUCAGUCUGAGGUGUCGUCCCUGCAGGCCGUGGCCACGCAGCUCCUCCUGGAGGCCGAGGACAGCCUGGAGGCCAAGGAGAAAGUCCACAUCAUCGGCAACAAGCUGCGUCUCCUCCUGAGGGACGCCCACGCGCUCCACGCCGCCAUGCGGCAACACCCGGGGGAAGAGGAGCGAGCAGCAGGACAAGGAGAGACACACCCGAGAAGACGGGAGACCCCGCCGCCGCCGCCUCGCCACUUCCUGUCCCGCGUGCUGCGGGCGGCUUUCCCGCUGCAGCUUGUGCUGCUGCUGCUGCUGGCGCUGGCCUGCCUGGUGCCGCCGCCGUCCUCCGACGACUCCAGCUGCACGCUGAGCAACAACUUCGCCCGCUCCUUCUACCCCAUGCUGAGCUACACCAACGGACCGCCCCCCACAUGAGUCAAAUAUUCUUUAUCCACCGCUGGGAAGCCAUAAAGACAUACUUGCCAACCCUCCCCAUUUUCCCGGGACACUCCCGAAUUUCAGUGCCCCUCCCGAAAAAUCUCCCGGGGCAACCAUUCUCCCCAAUUUCUCCCGAUUUCCACCCGGACAACAAUAUUGGGGGCGUGCCUUUAUCGUCCUCUACAACCUGUCGUCACGUCCGCUUUUCCUCCAUACAAACAGCGUGCCGGCCCACUCACAUUAUAUAUGCGGCUUUUGCACACACAUAAGUGAAUGCAAGGCAUACUUGGUCAACAGCCAUACAGGUCACACUGAGGGUGACCGUAUAAACAACUUUAACACUGUUACAAAUAUGCGCCACACCAAACAAGAAUGACAAACACAUUUCGGGAGAACAUCCGCACCGUAACACAACAUAAACACAACAAAUACCCAGAAGCCCUUGCAGCACUAACUCUUCCGGGACGCUACUAUAUACACCCCCCGCUACCACCACCCCCCCCCCCCCAUCUCCCGAAUUCAGAGGUCUCAAGGUUGGCAAGUAUGCAUAAAGACUACGCUACAUUUUAUUUUCAACGUUUUUGUUUUUACCAAACAUACGUUGUUUUUUUUGUGUGUGUAAAUCGUCACUUUUGAUCUGCGACGAGCCAACGUGGAACUCUUGAUUGUCGUACAUUGCGACGUCGUGGUCGAAUACGACUUUGUUGCUGUGUUUGUGUCACAUUUUUUGCGGAAGAACAAUGACGAAGUUUUGAUGUUAAACAAUUUUUUUUGCUUUAUUUCACAAAAUGUUUAUUUUGCGUUGUUGUUGACGCGCUAACUAGUGGAACCUAUUUUUUAUGGGCUCGCCUCUUUGUGACGUUAAGUUCCUGUUAUACCUUGAGCUCUUAUUUUGAAGGCGCUAAGAGCGGAAGUGGUGACACGUCGUAGUGGAGCGAAAGGUUUCGAAAAUAAAGAAAAUGUUUAUUUUGCGUUGUUGUUGACGCGCUAACUAGUGGAACCUAUUUUUUAUGGGCUCGCCUCUUUGUGACGUUAAGUUCCUGUUAUGAGCUGUUAUACCUUGAGCUCUUAUUUUGGAGGCGCUAAGAGCGGAAGUGGUGACACGUCGUAGUGGAGCGAAAGGUUUCGAAAAUAAAGAAAAUGUUUAUUUUGCGUUGUUGUUGACGCGCUAACUAGUGGAACCUAUUUUUUAUGGGCUCGCCUCUUUGUGACGUUAAGUUCCUGUUAUACCUUGAGCUCUUAUUUUGAAGGCGCUAAGAGCGGAAGUGGUGACACGUCGUAGUGGAGCGAAAGGUUUCGAAAAUAAAGAAAAUGUUUAUUUUGCGUUGUUGUUGACGCGCUAACUAGUGGAACCUAUUUUUUAUGGGCUCGCCUCUUUGUGACGUUAAGUUCCUGUUAUGAGCUGUUAUACCUUGAGCUCUUAUUUUGAAGGCGCUAAGAGCGGAAGUGGUGACACGUCGUAGUGGAGCGAAAGGUUUCGAAAAUAAAGAAAAUGUUUAUUUUGCGUUGUUGUUGACGCGCUAACUAGCGGAACCUAUUUUUUAUGGGCUCGCCUCUUUGUGACGUUAACUUCCUGUUAUGAGCUGUUAUACCUUGAGCUCUUAUUUUGAAGGCGCUAAGAGCGGAAGUGGUGACACGUCGUAGUGGAGCGAAAGGUUUCGAAAAUAAAGAAAAUGUUUAUUUUGCGUUGUUGUUGACGCGCUAACUAGCGGAACCUAUUUUUUAUGGGCUCGCCUCUUUGUGACGUUAAGUUCCUGUUAUGAGCUGUUAUACAUUGAGCUCUUAUUUUGAAGGCGCUAAGAGCGGAAGUGGUGACACGUCGUACUGGAGCGAAAGGUUUCGAAAAUAAAGAAAAUGUUUAUUUUGCGUUGUUGUUGACGCGCUAGCUAGUGGAACCUAUUUUUUAUGGGCUCGCCUCUUUGUGACGUUAAGUUCCUGUUAUACCUUGAGCUCUUAUUUUGAAGGCGCUAAGAGCGGAAGUGGUGACACGUCGUAGUGGAGCGAAAGGUUUCGAAAAUAAAGAAAAUGUUUAUUUUGCGUUGUUGUUGACGCGCUAACUAGCGGAACCUAUUUUUUAUGGGCUCGCCUCUUUGUGACGUUAAGUUCCUGUUAUGAGCUGUUAUACAUUGAGCUCUUAUUUUGAAGGCGCUAAGAGCGGAAGUGGUGACACGUCGUACUGGAGCGAAAGGUUUCGAAAAUAAAGAAAAUGUUUAUUUUGCGUUGUUGUUGACGCGCUAGCUAGUGGAACCUAUUUUUUAUGGGCUCGCCUCUUUGUGACGUUAAGUUCCUGUUAUACCUUGAGCUCUUAUUUUGAAGGCGCUAAGAGCGGAAGUGGUGACACGUCGUAGUGGAGCGAAAGGUUUCGAAAAUAAAGAAAAUGUUUAUUUUGCGUUGUUGUUGACGCGCUAACUAGUGGAACCUAUUUUUUAUGGGCUCGCCUCUUUGUGACGUUAAGUUCCUCUUAUGAGCUGUUAUACCUUGAGCUCUUAUUUUGAAGGCGCUAAGAGCGGAAGUGGUGACACGUCGUAGUGGAGCGAAAGGUUUCGAAAAUAAAGAAAAUGUUUAUUUUGCGUUGUUGUUGACGCGCUAACUAGUGGAACCUAUUUUUUAUGGGCUCGCCUCUUUGUGACGUUAAGUUCCUGUUAUGAGCUGUUAUACCUUGAGCUCUUAUUUUGAAGGCGCUAAGAGCGGAAGUGGUGACACGUCGUAGUGGAGCGAAAGGUUUCGAAAAUAAAGAAAAUGUUUAUUUUGCGUUGUUGUUGACGCGCUAACUAGUGGAACCUAUUUUUUAUGGGCUCGCUUCUUUGUGACGUUAAGUUCCUCUCAUGAGCUGUUAUACCUUGAGCUCUUAUUUUGAAGGCGCUAAGAGCGGAAGUGGUGACACGUCGUAGUGGAGCGAAAGGUUUCGAAAAUAAAGAAAAUGUUUAUUUUGCCUUGUUGUUGACGCGCUAACUAGUGGAACCUAUUUUUUAUGGGCUCGCCUCUUUGUGACGUUAAGUUACUCUUAUGAGCUGUUAUACCUUGAGCUCUUAUUUUGAAGGCGCUAAGAGCGGAAGUGGUGACACGUCGUAGUGGAGCGAAAGGUUUCGAAAAUAAAGAAAAUAAAGUGGUCCUCGUGUAAAACUGGAGCCUCCGUGUUUGUUAUUUUCUAGUUUUACACGGUAUAGGCGACAUAUAUACUGUAUUUUUCGGAGUAUAAGUCGCACCUGCCGAAAAUGCAUAAUAAAGAAGGAAAAAAACAUAUAUAAGUUGCUGGAGCCCGGCCAAACUAUGAAAAAAACUGCAACGUAUAGUCUGAAAAAUACGGUACCCCAAUUCCAACCCCUGCUUGGCACUCAGCAUCAAGGGUUGGAAUUGGGGGUUAAAUCACCAAAAAUUAUUCCCGGGCGCGGCCACCGCUGCUGCUCACUGCUCCCCUCACCUCCCAGGGGCUGAACAAGGGGAUGGGUCAAAUGCAGAGAAUAAUUUCACCACAUCAUUGGUACUUUAACUAUAUAAACCUUCGCUCCACUACGUGUCACCACUUCCGCUCGAAGCGCCUUCAAAAUAAG